CGUAAUUUACGUUGACAAACAUGGCGGUGUAGCAGCCGUUGAGGCUCAUUGCCAUGCGACGUUUGUGAGAAAUGGCAAGCAGUCAGAAUCCGCACCAGAAUGUGGGACACCAGCAGUGCUGUCCAAAAUUCCGCAAGAAGAUCAGAAGGACCUACUGCAUUUUGUGUCGCAAGUAUUAUUUAAAGGCUGAACUACAUGAGCAUAUGCACAGCAUGCUGCAUCACAGAGAGCUGGACAAAGCGUUGGGCACGAAUUCCUAUCACAUGUGCCAAGCAUGUCAGACACACUCCAUGGGUUUAAAUGAGUACGCCGAGCACAUCUCGACUGCUCAACACAAAGCCAAGUUUACAAUCUUGACGUCUAGCAAUAUAAAGGCUUACGAUGUGUUUAAGACUCUGGAUAAGGACGCCACCGACAGAAUCAGGCAGAGAAACAAGAUGCUAAAGAAACAGGAAAGGAAAACAAUGAAAAAGAAAAAGAAAAAACAGAAGCAGGCAGAGGGCCAGAAGCAUGCACAGAUGCAACAGGAAAAAAAGACUGUCACGUCCAAAGCAACGAAGCCGAAAAAGUCCCGGCAGUCGCAGUUGAGGAUAUCAAACCAGGUGCAGGAAACCCACCACAACGGAAGCAAUAACGCUGUUUUCCAAAACAAGGAGAACAGUCUGCAAAGAUCUCUCCACUACGCAGAUUCAGCUCUGCAGGAUCAAAGCGGGAGAUUCGUUUUUUGGACCGGAGAGCCAGCAGGUCGGACUUGGCAUCACCCUCACGUCGGAGAUCAGUUCACUACACCAACUCAUCACAUGAGGUAUGACAGUAACUUUUCUGUCAGCAAUCAGUUCAGCAAAGCCGCAGUCGGUAGCUCACAAACAGACAGACAUCUAGCAGGACCACACAAGCCUCAAUGGGAUGCCGCUUACACCACACAGCAAAUACAGCUGCCUGACGUCAGCCAGCCCAACUAUCGCAACGGGCAGUACAGUUGUGGUACAUAUAGAGACUUCCCCAGCGAUUGCUUCCCUCGGAAUGGAGUCAUCAUCUUUGAUCGUUGCCAAGGUGAGAGUUCGGGAUCUUCUCAGCCACGACAAGAAUGUUCACGCGGUUCAGAUCAACCUGCUUCAGCCGACAAAUCUGCCAACGCAGCCCCGAUAAGGGAUGUUGAUGUCAGUGCCAUGCUGAAGCAAAUCAGGAGAGUGCUGGGUGUGCGGGAGCCUUGUAGAGCAGAUCGAGAAGCCCGGAGGCAGAACGCCGCGCAGCAAGCUGGAGGUGAGACGGAGCGGCGAGCAGGCGUCUCCUUCAGGAGCCACGUCACCUCUGCGAGUGCUGUGCCGCCUCCUCAGGUCAACGGCCCUGCUGCUCCUGCUGCUGUUUGUCCUUCCACUGUACCUCCUGCUAAGCCAAAACCAACAGUGUUCAAAACGACACAAGAAACAACUCAGUAUCACGAAAAGAGCUCUGUAGCCACAGGCGGAUUGUCAGACAGCCGGCAAACAGAGUCUCAGGUGGCUGUCGACAGCUGGACUUCUCCUAACCGAUCUACUGUCAAAGCUACGUCAUUUGAGCCCAAAUCGAACAGCACCCGUAAGGUCCGAAUCGCCCACAAACCAACCAAAGCUCAGGGGGACAGAGAGGUCAGACUGAAACCAACCCUGAACAAGUUGCUCAGCUUAUCAGGGGCCAGGAGUAAGCUGAGCUGGAGCCAGAUGUGUGACAACAUGAGGAGGAAGAAGCUAAAAAGCAUGCCCAGGUUUGGAAUCAAGUUUGUAAACCCCCCAGUUGACCAAGAACGCUCAACACAACCACAGGACAGCGACCUGCCUCUGUCCGAGGGUUUCCACUGGGAGUCGAUUCCAGACAGUCCUUCAGCUCUGGACAUGACUUUCCCACCUGCCCCGCCCCCACAGACCACAGCCGCUGACCGUCACACAGAGACACAGUCAGAAACUCAGAUACAGGAACCUUUGGAGGAACCUGAUGCAGCUCAGACACGCUGCAGCAGUCAGACAGCAGCAGGACUCUCUGUGAAGGUGGAACCAAAGUUGGACGAUGAGUAUGAAGUUUCGACCAACAGCGGUGUUCCCAGCAACAGGAAACACAAAAUGUUGGCAGAUGAUGGCAUUCCUGAUCAGGAGCCAAGAGGAAAAAAGAAGAAAACAAAGUCAAACAAGGACAGCACGCCGAUGGAACAGCUCCUGGUGGUGUCUCUGAGGGAGGAGGAGUUGAGCCACUCGCUGCAGGAUUUGGACAAGUCUCUGUUCCAGGCCCGCAAUGCCCUGCAGGCUGCCUACACAGAAGUCCAAAGACUGAUGUUGCUCAGACAUCAGUUCACGACUGAGGUCAAUGACCUGAGAGCCAAGCGCAUUGAGAUCCUGCAGGAAAUGCAAGAAGGGUACACUGGAGCAUCUGGUGUGGUGGAGAAAGCCACCACCUCGUCAGCACCGUCUGCUGCAGCUGCUGUGCAGCCUCCUGUGCCUCUCUCCUCUGGUGCCUUCCCCACCUCCUCAAGCCAACAAUCACCUGCAACAACCCCAGCAUCGUCUGUCCCCCAGCCUCAGCCAGCUCCCCUCGCUCUGUCAGGAAAACAAGAAAUGGUCCAGCAGCCCGCAGCUGGACAGACCAGCUACUCUGCCAACACAGUGUCGUGUAAAGCUGAUGCCCCUCAGGUCUCUAUGAACCAAGCUGUGCCUUUAUUUCCCCCCUCUCUGCUGCUCCAACCAUCACACCUAACCACUCCAACAAGCGGUGCUGCUUCUGCUCAACAACCUACAGCAGAGUGCUCAACGUCGGUGAAGACACCUCCUCCUCCUGAAUCACCUGCCAGGCAGCAGAAGCAAGAGAAACAAAAGGGGCUGAAGGGCUGCAUACAGACAGCGACGUUGGCAGAAGAAACACAUCCAGCUGAAAGAAUUUCUGAGGAAGCAGUAAAUCACAACAAAGAGCAAGUUGAAUUAAGAGAGCCAGUAGCUGACAAGUCUGUCCCUGAAAGAGAAAGUAGUGCUGCUAUAGUAAUUGAUGAAGGGAACCAAAGCGACGGCUCUGUAGAACUGAUUGAUCCCUCCAACUGCGUGGUCAUAGAUAUCGUCGAAUCCGACAACGAGGACCCGCCAGAGAAAGGGUCUGAUGUUCCGGUGCAGCCAGAGCCGCCGCAGAACUCUGCAAGCACACAGACGUUUCAGCAAAGUGACAGCGACAGAAAAGUUAAGCCUCCAGCUAUGACGGCAAAAGAAGAAAAGACUCCUGCAGAGCCUGUUGAGGAUGAGGAACCUUCAGUGGGAGCGUUUGAAAAUCACACCGGCCCCGUCCUCGGCCUCCAAGUUCACGAUGGCUUGUUGUACACGUGUUCAGGGGACAACACAGCGCGGGCCUACAGUCUAGCGAGCAGAGAAUGCCAAGCAGUGUUCGAGGGUCACACCAACAAAAUCAACUGUCUGCUGGUGUCGUCCCUCCCGAACAUGCCGACGCGCCUCUACACCGGAUCCAGCGACCAAACCGUCCGCUGUUACAGCAUAAAGUCUAAGAAGUGUCUGGAGCUGAUCUCCCUGCCAGACAGAGUGUUGUGUUUGCACAUAGCCUGGAACAUUCUGUACGUCGGGCUCGCCAGCGGAUCAGUCGGAAGCUACGAUUUAAAGACCCUGAAGCAGCUGGAUGUGUUCGAGUGCCACGGCCCCCGAGGGGUGAGCUGUCUGGGUACGACUCAGGAGGGCGCCCGCCGGCUGCUGCUGGUUGGAUCGUAUGACAGCACCAUCAGCGUACGAGACGCCAAGAGCGGCCUGCUGCUGCGCUCGCUGGAGGGCCACACCAAGACGGUGCUCUGCCUGAAGGUGGUGAACGACCUGGUGUUCAGCGGCUCCAGUGACACGUCCGUGCACGCCCACAACAUCCAUACGGGCGAGUUGAUUCGCAUCUACAAGGGUCACGGUCACGCCGUCACGUCGAUUGUCAUCUUGGGGAAAGUGAUGGUAACAGCCUGUCUGGACAAACUGGUUCGAGUCUAUGAGCUGCAGUCCCAUGACCGCCUGCAGGUCUACGGAGGCCACAGCGAUAUGGUGAUGUGCAUGUCUGUACACAGGAGUGUGAUCUACACGGGCUGCUACGACGGCAGCGUUCAGGCCGUAAAGCUCAACUUGAUGCAAAACUACCGCUGCUGGUGGCAGAACUGCUCUCUGAUCUUCGGCAUCUCGGACCAUCUCGUCCAGCACCUUGUUGGAGAUCACACCAACCCCAGCUUGCAGACGGUCAAGUGUCGCUGGAGAAGCUGCGACGCCUUUUUUCCCACACGGCAGUCGGUUAAAGAGGAGCUGCCCGAACACAUGCAGAGUCACGUGACGAGCGACAGCGAGAUGCAGCCCUGACAGCAGCGGAGGUCACGUGAUGGAGACUCAUCCAUCGCAACACAUGAGCUCAUCUUUUUGUUUACUAAUAUUUUCAUUUUUGGUUAUAUAGAAACACAAGAUUCAGGGUUUGGCUGAUCGUAUCCCUUUAGUCUUGUGUGAACUGUAUAACCUUUGUUUCCUCAGACGGGAAAGGCAACUCGUUUUUGAUCCCACACAACGAUUUCCUGCUGCUGGUAGGAUCACGUUCAUUUCAUUUUUCCCCAUUAGUUAUGUGAAGCCAUCUGCUAUCAGUAAUUCAGCUCUAUCUACUGAGUACAGUGAUUCCAGGGUGUUUCCUGUGUUGAAGAAUGAUAGCGCCCCCUAGAGAAGCUUCAGCAGGAGCCAAAGCUAAUGCAUGUUUUUUCCAUUGGGGUUCAAUUACUCACGCGUAGUAGACAUUAUUGUUUAUUAGAUUAUAUGAAAUUAACAGGAAAAUGCAUCAUUAACAUGUAGAACCCAGGAAAUGUUCCCUUUCCCUUUAUAGUUUUGUCCAACACAUGUUUUAAACCAAACUCUGUGAUGCUGUAUUAAACUCAUGCCUUAAUUUUUGUAUAUUGUACAGUCUGUACUUCAUUUGUUUAAUACCUACUGUAUGUGUACAGCGAAUAAACGGACAAUAAUUUACA